GGGAGAGAGGAAGGUGGAGUGGAGCCAGAUGACAACUUUUGGGAACAGUUUGACAGACAUUCAAGGAAAAGGUUCAAUGAUGAACAGAUACACAAUUUAUAUUUUAAGGAAACGUGUUUAUUUGGUAGUUUCAAAUGUGAUUCUCAAAUGUAGGCCUAAUUCUCAAAUUAAGCAGAAUCGCCUUAACCGUACAAGGCCUGUAUUGCGUUUGUAUAGGUGCCAUUGCGAGCCUGGUGUUUGAUUCAGCAUUUAUAACUCAAUCCGCAUGUGUGGUCUCAGUUCCAGGUUUACAACACGUCGUUGCACCAAUUGUAGAUUCUCGUGGAAAUUGGAGACUUCGUACUAUGCUGAAAACAAUGUUUCCUCGGUGCAGAACAAUGUGUCCCGAUGGAGACUAUAUUUGGUGUGCGUAAAAUAUAAGGUGUGGCCAAAAUAGGCAAAACAUAGCGCCUUUGUAGUGCUAAUAAAAUGGUCCUUGACGUUUGUCUAUAUAGUUAGGGCUGUACAGGCAAACAGGCUGGGGGUUGGGGUAUGAACGCUGAUGCACGCAGAAUACAAACAAACGCCACCUGGCGGAUAGGAAACGAACCAGUGCUUAGAAACAGGUAUGACCUGUUGAAUAGACAUAUUUUAAUAUAAUUUAAUUUAAUUAAUAGCAGAACAUCACUGGUUUUGGUUGUGCCGGUCAGGGUUGGGUAUUUAUUAUUUAAUAUGUGUUUGUAUAGGGUUUAAAUGUAAUGACAUGACAUAAUAUUCCACAUAUUCUAUAAUAUUAACCUAUCUUGAUGCGUUUCAUGCUUGGAUCACUAAGAAUCACAACUCAACUGGUAUGCGAACAAUGGUGCUAUAGUACAGUCAUUGAAAAUGUUCCUUGGGAGAACCUUUAGGGAACAUCAUAAAGUUACAGGUGGUUAAACAGAAUCUCUCGACAAGGAAUCCCACCUGGAUUGCGCAGUGGGGCAUUUGAGAGGCCGAAUAAUCUUCAUUUCAUGGUAAAAUGCUGCCACCUAAAGGCCAUGGGAAUCCAUUACACAAACCUAAAAUACAUGAAAAGACGCGCCUGACUUUCUAAUUCAAUCCAAAAAUAUGUACACAAAGCCCAUACAAACAUAAUUCAUUAAAAGCACGGUUUGAAAUUGUUUUAGUGAUAUUUAAGUAUCUGUAUAGAGACGCCAUUAUUAUUAGUUCAAGUUUAUUUUUCGUAUUUGAUUCCUCCUCCCCAGUGAAAAGGAUCAGACUAAAGGAAUCAAACACACAUUGGUGCAGAUAGGAUUUAAAAUAAAAUAAAACGACAUAGCUUACUAAAUUAAAUAGCUUUAUUCAAUUCCACCGUUUGGAGUCGAGCCUGCAGGUGAAGUCGACUCGAAGUCCAAUUAUUUGGAGAAUCGACGCUCAGAACGGACGUGAUGGAAUCAGGAGUCGACUCUCACUCCUAUGGAUCCUGUGUGAACACAGGAUCUUUCUUUAUAGCAUGUUGAACCGUCACAGCAGCAACAUUUAAGGAUGCUUCACCUCGUUGUGUGGAUUGUACUGUGUGAAAGUUUUGUGCAAUGUCUUUUCCACAACAGUACCCGACCCAACAUAGUCAUGGUGAUGGCUGAUGCUUUCGACGGACGACUAACCUUUGAUCCUGGUAGAAGAGUAGUGCAACUUCCAUAUAUAAACUACCUUAGAGGACUGGGAACCACCUUUCUAGAUGCCUACACAAAUUCUCCAAUAUGCUGCCCUUCAAGAGCAUCUAUGUGGAGUGGCCAAUUUGCUCACCUUACCCAGUCUUGGAACAACAAUAAGUGCCUUGACGGUAACGCUACAACGUGGAUGGACUCGCUAGAGAAGAGUGGCUAUCAGACGAACAUGUUUGGGAAGCUGGACUACAUCUCAGGGAGCCACUCACUCAGUAAUCGCGUUGAGGCCUGGACCCGCGGUGUGAAGUUCCUGCUGAGGCAGGAGGGCCGCCCUGUGACCCAACUGGUCGGGAACGCGUCCACAGUCCGGAUCAUGACCAAGGACUGGGAGACCACGGACAGGGCCACCCAGUGGCUACGGGACACGGCUGGGCGGUUACACCAGCCGUUCGCCCUCUACCUCGGCCUCAACCUCCCCCACGCGUACAAGACAGACUCCCUAGGGCCCACGGGAGGGGGAUCCACUUUCCUCACCUCCCCAUACUGGCUGAAAAAGGUAUCGUUGGAACUCAUCUCUGUUCCCAAAUGGCUGCCCAUGUCAGCCAUGCACCCAGUGGAUUACUACUCCACCUUCACCAAGAACUGCAGCGGAGAGUUCACCCAGGAGGAGAUCAGGAACAUCCGGGCCUUCUACUACGCUAUGUGUGCUGAGGCCGAUGCCAUGCUUGGCCAGGUUCUGUGGGCCCUGCGGUCCGCUGGGCUGCUGGACAACACCGUAGUGAUGUUCACCGCCGACCACGGAGACCUGGCCAUGGAGCACCGGCAGUACUACAAGAUGUCCAUGUUUGAGGGCAGUGCCCACGUCCCGCUGCUCAUCGCGGGCCCCGGACUGGCUUCCGGUCUGCAGUCCACCCAGACGGUGUCCCUGGUCGACCUCUACCCCACCGUCAUGGCGCUUGCAGGCAUCCCGGCACCGGGCUCCCUGAGUGGACACUCUCUCCUCCCUCUGCUCUCCUGGCCUGGCGCCAGUCCAGCUGAGACCCAUCCGGGCUGGGCUCUGAGCGAGUACCAUGGAUGUAAUGCCAACGCUUCCACCUACAUGCUGAGGAAGGGCCGGUGGAAGUACAUUGCCUACGCAGAUGGUCAGAGUAUCCCCCCACAGCUCUUUGACCUGACACUGGACAAGGAAGAACUUCACAAUGUGGUGACCAAAUUCCCAAAGGUCGGGGCAUACAUGGAGGAGCAGUUACGUAGUAUUGUGGCAUAUCCGAAAGUGUCUCAGGCCGUGCAACUGUACAACAAACAACAAUUUAUCUCUUGGCGGAAGGGUUUGGGCGGGUAUUACAGCAAAGUCAUCGCCAACCUAAGAUGGCACGUGGACUGGCAAAGAGAUAUGUUGGUUAAUGAGAAGGCAGUGGAUGAUUGGCUCAAUGGUAUAUGAUACAAUAUGGACACUGGACAAGGAUGCUAUUCAUUCUGAUGGAAACAAUGAAAAAAUAUAUUUGAUUAGUAAUGGCAGGCUUACAGCCUCAGAAACACUACAAGACAAUAAUCUAACAAUUCCCCACACCUCAACGAAGCAGAGUUUAUAUCAACAUUCCUCCUCAACAUGUUUUCUGAUUGUUUGUGUGUGUGUUUAUACUGUGCCUAUUGUGAGGAUUUAUUUUGUGAUAAAUAAUAAAGAUGCAGGUAUGGUGAAGAUGCUGACAUCUUAUCAUAUUUAAUA